UACACCAAUUCACUCACACACGUCUACCAGUGCACGAAUACUAAGUAGUAAUGCAACUAAUGAAUUAAUGAUUAGUGCGGAUAUUUGGUAUGUAAGGUAUGAAUAUUGGCUCUUAAUCACCUGAUUUCUGCAGCUUUGGCAUCAAAAUAUGCAAGACAUUGGAGUUUGUGAUGAACUACAAUGUUUUGAUGAUCUCCACAUACCCGAUGUUGAUUUGACAUUUCGUAACUUUGAAGAACUCUUUGGAUGUGAACAAGAGCAAACCAGAGUUUUGGUCGAUGACGAAAAUAUGUCAUGCUCGUUUGCAGGGAAACAUUCAUCACUCAGCAAACCAGAAAGUUUCCGUGCAAGAACUAUGGAGUCAGCUGAUGCAAACAAAGUUUUUGAUUCUUCUGAUGAAGUUCUUCACUUCCGAACAAUUAACGAAUAUCCUCGUCCAAUUCAGCCAUCUUAUUCAACGUCAUCAUUCUCCGUCUCAAGGAUCACUGCUGAAAACACUAGUUCUGAAUACAAGGAUGAUGGACUUUUUCCUGAAGUUGAUGAACAGAUACUUUUAGGCAAUUCAUCUAAUCCAGAGAAUGCAAAGUUGGAUGGUAAAGAAAAUAUCAUAAUGAGAUAUUCCAAAGAGAAGAAGGCUCGGUGGCGUGAAAAGAGAGUUCGACAUUCAUCCCAGAAAGCUAAAUCUGAUGGCAAGAAAAGGGGUAAAGGAAAAUUUUUGCUGGCAGAAGCCUAUGAAUCUGAGUCUGUCAGUGUAACUCGAAGCUUUUAAGGUUACCUUUCAUUUAUUUAUUCUCAAGAAACUCAAUAUUGUUUUUCUGACAUUCUCCCUUUCCCUCCCUCUUCUGUAUUUGUCAUAGCAGAAUUGUCAUUAUACCAGAUCUUGCAACACAUUCAUGUGGCAUGAUAUGAUUUGGCAAUGGAGAAUAAAGUUUUUUUA